GCAGACGACACAACAUUCUGUAAAUGUGAUUCUACAUUUACCUAACAAUCUUUUCGAGUUCGCCUUUACGCUUUUGUAUUUGUGCUAAACAUUGUUCUCAGUUAUUCGGAAAGUGUUAAUAAACAACUGUCACUUAUGUUUGAUUGGGGAAAACAGCCGAAAGUGGGUAAUUCGGUUAGGCUAAUUUGAUUAUGUGAAAGCUUCUGAUACAGAUAGAAUGAGGAGAACAUCCACACAUUGGUUGUAGAUGGUGAGAGGAGAUAUUGGAAGAUGGAAUCACUCAUAAGUGAUAAGGAUGCGAUGGACCCGGAGGUGGUGGUGGGGGGAGGGGACAAAUCCCCCGCCAGGUUGUGGCAAGGUCUACCUCAGUCCUGGGCCCUGGCUACCUUCAUAGUUUGCUCAGUAGCAGUCACUACAUGGAGUUGUCCGGAGUGUGUAGCCGGGCUGACAGUCGCUGCACUUGUCAUCUCUCUACGAGGCUCGUGCAGUACAUUGCGCCAGACAGGUGGCGGGGCAUGGCUGCUGCUGCUACAUCAGUGCUGUCACCUGGCGGGGGUGGUGGUGGGGGUGAGAACUACUCUGCAAUACAUGGCGGGGCACAGCUCCUGGUUGACUAAACAGCUGAUCUUGUCCCCCCACCUAGCCUCUCUCGGGGUGUUGUUGUUCAUCAUCACACUACACAUAUUGGGCCUCGAGAGGUCCAGGAUCCUCCGGUGGGGUCUUCUGUCUUGUGUUCCUAUCACUUUAUCUUUGUUCCUCAUUGGAGACAUGAUGCUCUUCAGUCCAGAAAGGGCUAAACUAAUCUACGACGAGCUUCCUACACUGAGUAACGUUGCCAACAGUGCUGCUUUCUUCACCCUCGUCUACUCCACCAGUUUGUCUACGUAUACACCUAGAGAGAAAAUUACAGUUACUACAUUGUUCCCUGUCAAGACUAUGUUUGUCAGCUGUUUUUUCGCAAUUGGAUUCCUAACUCUCGGUCUUGUUGAGGCUAGAGAUAAUUCAUUGUCCAAUGAGCUGCUGUUCUUCCAAGUUUUGACGGAGUGGGGUAGUGGUGCCUGGCGUAUGUUGCGUGGUGGACUAGCUGUAGUGUGCCUGACAUCUUUGUCACUGUCCCUGGUGGAGGUGGUGGGGAUGACACAGCGGGGGGUGGUGGGGGUGGCGGGGCUAGUGUUGCCCCCACAGGUGGCUAGAGAUCACUGGUGGACAGGCACCCAGCUGACAGCCCUGUCAAUCACAGGCUUGGUGAGUGCGGUUUUGUUGGUUUUGCCACUGAAAUCACAGAUUUCGCUGUCCAGCGCUGCAUACCUCCUAUCACAAUCAUGUGAUAUAGUAUUCACCAUCUACAGUGCUUACCAGCCAUCAUUUGUGCCCAAAAACAAUGGGUCACAGACAGGCAGAGUGAGCUAUCAGCUGGUCUCAGACACUGCAGCUCUGGUAGAAGACACAGACAGUGACUCAGAGUUGAGUGAUGACUCCGGCCACAGCUCCGACACCGACAUUGAUGCAGCUGUCCACGAGUACAAGCAAACCGUCAAGGUGGCAAGAACAAGAACCAUAGAGGAACCAAACCCUUCUCCAACCGUCCGCUCUGCUCGUAUUACGAUCCUGUCACUGUUUGCUAUUUCAUCUGCCAGUGUUGGUAUGGCUGCUGCGCUUGCCUUCAAUCAAGUAUUCAGCCUGGCCUUCACUUGCUUAGGAAUACUCUUUUUCACACACAUCAUAUCUAAGCAGCCCCAAGAGACUGAUGAGCAAGGACUUAGUGUGUUAUCGCCGUGGCAGCCCUGCUUAGUUCUGGCCCUACAUCUAACAUUGGCUGCACUUCUUCUUCCGCAGCUGUGGGCCCCUUUAAUUGUUUGGGUAUGCAUAGGUCUGGUGCUGUGGUUGGUACAGAAACGUAGACAUUGGUGGCACAUACAGACUCAGUUGAGCAGACACGCACACCGUGUAAGACUGCCUCGGCCACAACUUGCGCAGAACUUCCUCACGAGCUAUCACAAGCUCAGCACGCUGAACACAGUACAUGUGGUGCGAUAAACGUGCCCAGACAGGUUAUAGCUUGAAAUGUCUGACUCAGUCUAUUUCUAAAUGACAAGAGACAACAUCAGAACAGUAUUGGCGCUUGAGAACUACUGUGAUUCCAACAGGAUCGUUCUUCCAAUACGAUUCAAAUGAUGAAUAUUAUAUGCUAGUUCUGCAUAUUAUCUUAACGGUUGGUUUUGCUUUUGUAAGUAGCUAACUUUUCACUCUUUGAGGAAAGCGCUAUAUCAUCAUCAGAUCUUCCCUGUCUAUUUUAUUGCUUCAAGAAAAUUAUUUAUUUUUAAAUGGUAUCUAUUUCACCUUAUAGGUAUAAUGUUUUUAAGUAAACAAAAAGCAAUAUUUGAUACAAACGAUACUUUACUAGAACGUGUCUACCAUUUAUCGAGAACUAUUAGUUAUUGUACUAUAUUUAGUUAGUAACAAACCCCUACACUGGCUUUGGGUGUAGACUCAUAAAAAUUGAAGAGAAAUUCCAGUUCACUUUGUUAUCUAUAUACAAAUACCUAACUUGUAUUUUCAGGACUAAGAACUGUAUAUUUUUAUUGCUUAUCAGUUCUAAGUUUAAAUGUUUGUAAAGCAAAAGCACCAAUAUAACUUCCAUUGCAAUACUCUAAUGUCUAGAUGGACUUAACUUGUCAAAGACUAUUCUCUCGAUACAUUGAUGACUUUCUUCCAAACAGAUACUUUCAUGCAACUGAUUUUAUAAUCUGACUAAUCCACGAUAAUGAUGAAACUUCAUUUUUGAAAGUUUGUACACUUUCCGAAGAUCGAAAAAGCGACAAGAGAGCCAACAGCUCACAUUUGGAAGAGAUGUAGGUUAUGCUAUCACUAAAUAAAGCCGCUUAAGCUUCGUAAGUAUAAGAAUGAAGAUAGGUCAUGUCAUCUUGAUUACAGAAGAUGGUAAUAUUAUAGAUUAUUUAGAGGUAAGGUUAAUGAUUUUACAUGUUGACGUGAAUGUUUUUUUCACAAAGGUAGAUGGUAGUCAGUUACAAUAUUGCUAUGAUGUUGUUAAUGGUGUUAAAAGAUGAAUUAGAAUGUUUUUUUCAACCGAUUCAUACUAUUUAACCGUACAUGUAUUUAAUAAUGUGGCCUCCAUUAGUUAAAGGUAUUUAUACUUGACCUACUUUUCAUUAUAUUGUUAGCUAUUAGCUAAUCAAUGUAGGCGAAUAAUUAAGGAAACUAUUAAUUGUUUAUUGAACCGUCCAAUACUCCAUCCAAUACUUGAAUACCUAAAGAAACUUAAUUAGAGCAAUUAAAUUGGUUGUAAUGUAUUUGUGUAAAUAACAUUUAUAUUUUGCUUCCAUAUAGGAAAAUAUUAGUUUUCUUACCCCUUUUCAUACAUAAAUACUAUUUUAUGAUGGCCCAUAAAUUUAGAGUGGUUGGUGAGAGAUUUAAAGGUACCAUUUUUGAGAAGCAGAGCAGAUCACCACUGGACAAAUGGAAAAAUCACUUCUCAACACUACCCGCCUAGGAAUAUGGGGCUUAAGAGUCCUUGGAGGCUAGCGGCCAUCUUGCAUAAUUUCCAUUAGCUGCUGAAGGGCUAUUUAUCGUCCAAAAAUAUUUGUUCAAACACCAAAGUGAUAAUGAUUUAAAUAUCUAGUAUACUGUGGGAUUAGGACUUUCCUUGUAGUUUUGAAUUGUUCUCCAAGGGAGUCCAUGGAAGCUAACAGCCAUGUUGGAUUUGCCCGCCAUAAGAGCAACGCUUAUUGCGUUAAUUUCAAACAGCCGAUAAAAAAAGUUAUUUACCAUAUCAAAAUAUUUUUUUCAAACACCAGAGUGAUUGUAAUUUAACUAGUAAACUGUGAGAUUAGAAUUUUUCAUUGUAGUUCUUUAACUGUUUUACGAGUUAGAACGUCUAGGCUCCAAGGACUCUUUAAGUCUGUUCCCAAUUGUGGAAAUCAAAUAUGAACAAAUAAAUUAUUAUGUAGAAACAGGGAUUGCUCCAAUUAUUUGAUUUUCAUUUAUAGGCAUGUACACUAUGUGUGAGAUUUUUUAUUGAUGUUUGUUUAUGUUUAUAUCAAUACUAUAUAGGCUAAUCACUAUUUUUUGUAU